ACUGUGGAGAUAAGCGCCGUGUAACUCCUCCCCCGGUCACCAUAAACCCUAGAAUCCUGCUUUCCCCUCCUCUCUCCUCUUCUUCCUCUGCGAUCCGGCAGAGCGAGAACCCUAGAUCCCAAACCCUAAUUCCUUCCUCUCCCAAAAACCUAGCGAUUGAUCCUCCAGGAUGGCGUCCUCCUACGACUACGACGAACCGUCGUACGACUCCCGCUCUUAUCCGCCGUCGUCCCAGGCCUCGGACGUCGGCUACGACCCCAACUUCGUGCCGGACUCGGUGAAGACCUUCGUGGUCCACCUCUACCGCCACAUCCGGGAGAAGAACGUGUACGAGAUCCACCAGAUGUACGAGGGGAGCUUCCAGCGCCUUAGCGACCGGAUGUUCCGCGAGAGCCCCUGGCCGUCGGUGGAGGCCGUGGCCCCCUACGUCGACAACGACCACGUAUUCUGCCUCCUAUACCGAGAGAUGUGGUUCCGCCACGUCUACGCCCGCCUCUCCCCCACGGGGCGCCAGCGGAUCGAGUCCUGGGACAACUACUGCAGCCUCUUCGGUGUUGUGCUCCACGGCGUCGUCAACAUGCAGCUCCCCAACCAGUGGCUUUGGGACAUGGUGGACGAGUUCGUCUACCAGUUCCAGUCCUACUGCCAGUACCGGGCCAAGCUCAAGAACAAAACUGAGGAGGAGUUGCAGCUGCUGCGGCAAUAUGGUCAGGCAUGGAAUGUGUACGGUGUUCUCAAUUAUUUGCAAGCUCUUGUGGAGAAAUCCAUGAUCCACCAGAUUUUGGAACGUGAGAAAGAAGGGUUGGAGCAAUUUACUGCUACGGAUGGGUAUGACUAUGAAGGUGGAAGCAAUGUAUUGAAAAUGUUGGGUUAUUACAGCAUGAUUGGGUUGCUGAGAGUUCAUUGCCUUUUGGGUGAUUAUCAUACGGGCCUAAAGUGUUUGGCUCCGAUCGACAUUAGUCAACAAGGUGUUUACACAAUUGUGAUUGGAAGCCAUAUAUCUACAAUAUAUCACUAUGGAUUUGCAAACAUGAUGUUACGAAGGUAUGUUGAGGCAAUACGUGAAUUCAAUAAGAUCCUUCUUUACAUUCUGAAGUACAAGCAGUAUCAUCAGAAGUCUCCACAAUAUGAUCAAAUACUUAAAAAAAAUGAACAGAUGUAUGCUUUGCUGGCAAUCUGCCUGUCUUUGUGCCCUCAAACAAAACUUGUCGAGGAGAAUGUGAGCACUCAGUUGAAGGAUAAGUACAGUGAGAAAAUGUUGAAGAUGCAGAGGUAUGAUGAUGAAGCAUAUGCUGUCUAUGAUGAGCUUUUCUCAUAUGCCUGCCCCAAAUUCAUCACUCCAUCAGCUCCGAUUCUAGAGGAGCCACUUACAAAUUACAACCAGGAUGCUUAUAGGCUGCAGCUGAAGUUGUUCCUUUAUGAAGUGAAGCAACAGCAGUUGCUUGCUGGUGUACGCAGUUUCUUGAAAUUGUAUUCAACCAUAUCAAUAGGGAAACUUGCUACAUAUAUGGAAGUAGAUGAACCCACAUUGAGAACAAUCUUGAUGACAUACAAGCAUAAAAUGCAUGCAGUUGAUUCUGAUGGAAAGAUCAUCCCAAAUGUAGAUGUUGAUUUUUACAUUGACGAGGAUAUCAUAUAUGUUGUUGAAUCCAAGUCGACAAAGCGAUAUGGUGAUUAUUUUCUGCGUCAGAUCUUAAAGUUUGAGGAGAUGAUCAGUGAGUUGGACAGAGUAAAGCUGGACUGAGUCUCUGUCCCUCCCAUGGUGGUGUAGCCACCUUGUUUCGUUUUUCUUUGCUAUUGUGGAAGGGCUUACUCGCCAACUUUAGAUGAGUCAUUGACAAUUAAUGGGUAGAUAUUUUGCUUUGGUGUAGAGUAACAUCUGCUUUUUGUGCUUGUCAAUGAUUAAUGUGCUUCCUUGAGGCUGAGUAACUUAAUUCACCCAUUUAAUGAUUUUUAAUCUUUUACGAAAUGAAUCACUGCUGCUGUUAAUGCAUUGAAGGAUACUUUUUUUUCUGGU